AUGCCAGAGAAUGAGUUGUCAAAGGAUCACCUGUAUGCCCAGAAUGGCCAGGAUGAACACGAAGCCCAAUCACUCCUGUCUACCUCAAGUGAGGAGCAGGAUCUAGCUUUCCACCCAGAACCUCUUCCGUCGCCGAUCCCCUCAAGUGACGGGACAAAUGGCAGACGCCACUCCGCAAUCUCUCAACCUACGGCCGAUGGAAAGCGCCGCACACCCCGCACCAUGAAUCGAGUUCGAUUUGACCUCCAGGAAGAGCCCGAAGACGCCCGUCGCAUUUCCAUUGAGCGUGCUCUGAGCCCAGAUGACAGUCAGGAUGACACACUGUGGUUGGAGAAUGAGGACUAUGAACUUGAUAUUGGGGGCCCAGGAAUGCAUCACAGUGGACAAUCAAUUCCUCUUCUCACAAAUAUUGAAGCACCUAGUGUAACACUUGCGACAUCUGACGAUUUCUUCCCCGAAGACCAUCUCGAAGAUGCGCGGCCGCGGAGUGGAAUGAAGAUGGCAUUCAUGAAUAUGGCCAACAGCAUUAUUGGGGCUGGAAUAAUUGGGCAACCUUAUGCGCUUCGUCAAGCAGUGGAUUGGACCAUUCGAUUGAUUGUGAUCAACUCUAAACUGAGUGGGGCGGAUUCGUUCCAGGCGACUAUGCAGCAUUGCUUCGGGAAAAGUGGGCUCAUCGCGAUCUCAGUUGCGCAAUGGGCAUUUGCAUUCGGCGGCAUGGUCGCAUUCUGUAUUAUUGUUGGCGAUACCAUUCCACACGUUCUAGGCGCUUUAUUUCCGUUUCUUGGGGAUAUGCCUUUUCUGUGGCUCCUCACGGAUCGCCGGGCCGUUAUCGUUCUCUUCAUUUUGGCUGUUUCAUAUCCAUUGUCGUUGUAUAGAGACAUCGCCAAGCUGGCGAAAGCAUCCGCCUUAGCAUUGGUCAGCAUGGUAGUUAUUGUUGUCACGGUCAUCACCCAGGGCUUUCAGGUCCCGCCUGAAUCGCGUGGCGAGAUUAAAAGCUACCUCAUUUUCAACAUUGGUUUUUUCCAGGCUGUCGGGGUCAUUUCUUUUGCUUUUGUUUGUCACCACAACAGUCUUCUGAUCUACGGCUCAUUGAAAAAGCCGACACUCGACCGCUUCACCCGGGUCACACAUUACUCGACAGGAAUAUCUCUGGUGAUGUGCCUAGCAAUGGGCAUCGCAGGGUUCCUGUCCUUCGGGUCGAAAACCCAGGGCAACGUUCUGAACAACUUCCCAUCAGACAACAUCGUCGUUAACAUUGCACGAUUGUACAAUUUCCCUAUCCAUCUUGAUGUGGAGUUUCUGGGCUGA